AUGACUGGACCCUCGAUACAAGAUCGGACCAGCGAGUUCAGCGCUAUCUUAGGCCAGGCCCAGAAGCGCUUAGGAACAUCGAAAGUAGGCUCACAACGCCAGGCAUUGUUGACCGAUGCGCAAAGGCGCCAAGCCAAUGCUUCGCCCACGGGAGCCACAGGGGAGGCGAAGGCGGCAAGAUCGGAGUUCGCGCGACGAGCGCGAGAUAUCGGAAGGGGGAUUACAGGCACAAUGGCGAAAUUGCAGCGACUGGCUGAAUUGGCGAAACGGAAAACGCUGUUCGAUGACCGACCUGUCGAAAUCUCCGAAUUGACGUAUGUGAUCAAACAAGACCUGGCCGCCCUAAACCAGAGCAUCGCAUCGCUGCAGGCGCUCACCCAUGCGCAACACCCCAAGUCGACUCGCUCAAGGACAGACCAGGAAGGAGAACACAAUGACAAUGUUGUCGUUAUGCUGCAGGGAAAGCUAGCCGAUGUAGGUGCCAGCUUCAAAGAAGUUCUCGAGGUCCGCACGAAGAAUAUCCAAGCAUCCCGAACACGCACCGAGAACUUUGUCUCCUCGGUCUCUUCCAAAUCACACAAUCUCGAUGCACAGCGCUCAGACUCCCCCUUGUAUAACCUAUCGGGACGACGGACACCUCAGCCCGGAUUUCAAGUCAAUUCUUCUGACCUAUUGACCCUCGAGCCCUCGAACCCUUCACCGCUAGGGCGUCCAUCGUUCCAAUCAGACCAACAGCUGAUGGUCAUGGAAGAGGGAGAAUCAAGCAAUACAUAUGUCCAAGCACGAGGUGAAGCCAUCGAAGCCAUCGAGCGCACCAUCAGCGAACUGGGUGGCAUCUUCGGUCAACUAGCGCAGAUGGUCAGCGAACAGUCAGAAAUGAUUCAGCGCAUAGACGCCAACACCGAAGAUGUGGUCGAUAACGUUGAGGGCGCACAGAGAGAACUAAUGAAGUAUUGGGGGCGCGUAUCUGGGAAUCGCUGGUUAAUUGCCAAGAUGUUUGGUAUCCUGAUGAUCUUCUUCCUUCUUUGGGUGUUGAUUUCGUGA